GGAGCCUCGCUCUCCGCCCGAGCCUGGCGGGAGCCACCGCCGCUGCAGCCGGAGCCGCCGGGAGCCGGAGCCACAGCGCAGGCCCUGCCGGAGCCGAGCUGAGCCGAACUCGCCGCCUGACACCGGCCGGAGCGCGGGGCCGGCGCGUCUGCCCGCUGCUGGGCCUGGGCAGUGUCGGACGCAGCGAACCGGACCCACCGGCACCAACCCGGCGCGGGAGCCCGGAUCGCCCCCCACCAGGCCUGGCGUGAACUAGCCGGAGGACCCGGGGACUGGACCGAAGAGAAAAGGGAUGGAGGAUUCAGUCUAAGCGUAGCGUGGGCACUCGGGCGGGAGGAGAGUGGAGACUUCGCCUGGCACGGGCAGAGGUGCCCGGCGCUUACUAGGCCAGGCUCGAGCACCAGAGAGCCUGGCAUCCCAGCUGAAGCGAACUGGGCUCUGGUCUCCCCGCGCUGAGGACACCGCACAGCUCCUGGACCUCCGCUGCCGCAGGCUGGGCGCCAGAGGCUGUGCCCGCACCUGCCUGAGACGGGGCUGGUCCAAGGUAGGGCUCUCUGGUGGCCCAGAGCUGGUCACCGGGGAGCCGGCCUCUUGCCGCGGCCCCACUGGUACCCAUGUGCCGUUGCCCGCCGGAGCACCAUGACGGCAGGAUGACCUCUGCCGAGGCAGUGGCGGUGGCUGGCGGCGCUCGGUGGGCCGGGUCCGCCGAGUGGCCCCCUGACACCCCGCAGGCCCUUCGGCGCCCUGGCCGGGCCCGGGUGGCCGUGGCCGCGCUGGUGUGGUUGCUGGCGGGAGCCAGCAUGUCGAGCCUCAACAAGUGGAUUUUCACGGUGCACGGCUUCGGGCGGCCCCUGCUGCUGUCGGCGCUGCACAUGCUGGCGGCCGCGGGGGCCUGCCACCGGGGGGCGCGGCGCCCCUUGCCCGGGCAGACCCGCCGCCAGGUGCUGCUGCUCAGCCUCACCUUCGGAGCCUCGAUGGCUUGUGGCAACGUGGGCCUGAGCGCCGUGCCCCUGGACCUGGCACAGCUGGCCACCACCACCACGCCGCUCAUCACGCUGGCCCUGUCCGCGCUGCUGCUGGGCCGGCGCCACCACCCGCUGCAGUUUGCGGCCAUGGGUCCGCUCUGCCUGGGGGCCGCUUGCAGCCUGGCGGGAGAGCUCCGGAGGCCCCCGGCUGGCUGCGGUUUCCUGCUGGCCGCCACCUGCCUCCGUGGCCUCAAGUCCAUUCAGCAGAGUGGUGCUAGUGGUAAAGAACCCGACUGCCGAUGCAGGGGACACAGGAGAGACCUGGGUUCGAUCCCUGGGUCAGGAAGAUCCCCUGGAGAAGGGCAUGGCAGCACACUCCAGUCUUCCUGCCUAGAGAAUCCCAGGGACAGAAGAGCCUGGCAGGCUACAGUCCAUGGGGUCGCAAAGAGUCGGACACGACUGAAGCGACAUAGCAUGCACAAGGUUUUAUUAUCCCUGGACUCUGCAGGUGCCCUGCUGCAGGAAGAGCGGCUGGACGCGGUGACCCUGCUAUACGCCACCUCGCUGCCCAGCUUCUGCCUGUUGGCCGGCGCCGCCCUGGUGCUGGAGGCUGGCGUGGCACCGCCGCCCGCCCCCACCGACUCCCGCCUCUGGGCCUGUGUCCUGCUCAGCUGCCUCCUGUCCGUGCUCUACAACCUGGCCAGCUUCUCCCUGCUGGCCCUCACCUCGGCCCUCACGGUCCACGUCCUGGGCAACCUCACUGUCGUGGGCAACCUCGUCUUGUCCCGGCUGCUGUUUGGCAGCCGCCUCAGCACCCUCAGCUACGUGGGCGUGGCGCUCACCCUUUCUGGAAUGUUCCUUUACCACAACUGUGAGUUUGUGGCCUCCUGGGCUACCCGCCGGGGCUUCCGGCGGAGGGACCAGCCUGGCAAGGGUCUCUGAGACCUGAGAGAGCACAGGGACCACCCGGGACUGCCCCGGCCUGAAUCCAGCCUUGGCCCAUGGCCACGAGAGAGUGGGCAGCCGCUGGGGCCAUCGGGGGAGACAGAUCUUCCCGCAGGGUCGCCGUGGAGGCUGCAGUGGGGUCUCCUAGAGCGCCCCGGCUCCUGUCCCUGCCUGCCUCUCCUCAUCACAGACCCCACUCACCACUGGAUGGUGGGUCCAGGCACAGUUACUGUGCUUGUCAGAGUACUUAUGACGAUUAGGGUCAAGUACUGCACUGAAAAUUGCUGGCUAAGCUUGGAAAACCUCACCAACGUUCUGACAGUGAUGGUGGUGAUGAUGGCGAUGAUUCUUGGCGGUCGCACAAUCCUUCCUCCAGGAAGUGGGGGAGGCAGCUAGGGGGCCCAGGGGGUCGUCUGUGCCAACUCCAGGCAGCUGCUGUGGCCUCAGCCCUGGGCCCCCCAACGUUGGGUCUUCCGUCCUCAAAUAAACUAUUUUUGCUUGUACACCUGUGUCAUUUCUCAGGGUGGCGGCCAAGGAAACACAGGCACACCAGCCGCCCACCCAGAAACAAGGACCUGCUCCCGCCCUCACUGGGGCCUGGCCAGCCCCCACACUGGCCCAGACCGCUGCUCUGACCCCUCACGCCAUCUUCCCACAACCUCGAGGGGAAUCUCUUAAAACGCAUGGUUUCUGUGGCUCCACACGGCUCGUGGGACAAGGUCAGGCCUAGCCCCGCGGCCUCUCCCCUCUCCCCUCCAUCGUCACUGUUCAGUCGCUAAGUCGUGUCUGACUCUUGGAGACCCCACGGACUGCAGCAAGCCAGGCUCCUCCCUCCUCCACUAUCUCCCGGAGCUUGCUCAAACUCAUGUCCAUUGAGUCGAUGAUGCCAUCCAACCAUCUCAUCCUCUGUCGAUCCUGUCUCCUCCUGCCCUCAAUCUUUCCCAGCAUCAGCGCCAACUUCAAUCCACACCUACUUCCAUCAGGUACCCCGUGACACCCAGCCGCCCACUGGAGUUUCCGCACAUGCUGGUCCCCGGUCUGUGGUCUUCCUACAUCAGCUUCUCCCUUCUCAUGGCUAAACCCUUGCCUGGGGGUGAAAACCCAAAGUGUACAACUCUCCUCUAAAAGAAAAACCAGAAAAGAAGCCUGAGGAAGGAAAGGCCUGGAGAACCUCACAGUGAAGGGCUCAGGAGGUGAUUCCCAAUGGACAGCCCUCUAGGCUCUGCUUCUAACUUGUCCUGUUGCCUCCGGUCUCCCAGGUGGUCCAGUUCAGCCCUUAUACAUACAGAAAAUGGAAGCCCCCAGAGAUGGCCACAGUACGUCCAGCUGCUGCAACGAAAUGCCGUGGACAGGCGGCUUGAGAACAACAGAAAUGUGUUGCUCCCAGUUCUGGAGGCUGCAAGUCUGAGGCCAGGGUCUCAGCAUGGUCGGGUGAGGGCCUGCUUCUGGGUCACGAGCUUCAUUUAUAAAGCUAACCACCCAGGAUGGAAUGCAGGAAGCAGCUCUGAGGACUCUCAAAAAGAAGUAGCAGGUGGACUCGGAGAGGAAACCAGAAUCUGGGAUAUAAGAGUCUGAUGACGAGUCGCCUGUCUUGCCUUUGGCCCUGGUAUCUGCUGGCCUGGUCUCCGAGGCAGCGUGAAUCCUGGGGCUGUGCAGUGGACGUGGAAAGAAAGGCCUCCAAAAGCAGCCUUGUCUUCCUGCUCUGAGGAGUGGGGAGGGAGGACUCUUCAGGACAGAAACCCCCUUUCUCGUCCUUUUUUUCCCCCUUAUAUAGUUCCGUCCCCAGGCAAGCCUCACGUGAAGUGGAAACCUGGCGGUGGAAGCUCAGGGGACUCCUGAUCCGAAGGGCUGUGGUUUGAAGAGCUCUGCCCAAUCAAGUCUCGUCUCUGGUCCAGGAUUGAAUUCUUCUCCUCCGGAGGCCAAGAAUCCCAGCCUCUUUCGUGUUUCGGCAACAACCUUUCGGUAUUCUUGCCUUGGAAGUCCCGUGGACAGAGGAGCCUGGAGGGCUACAGACCAUAGCGCGCGGAGCCGGGCGUGGCUGAGCGCAGGUGCAAGCACAGGUGACUCAGUUAAGCCCAGCCAGACUCGCGCCCUACAUCAAUCGUGAAGUAAUAAACAGGACAACUUUUGGAAAGAGCACUUUCUGAGCAAUAAGGGGCUGUGCACAGAUGCGGGGAGCUGCUGUUGGGAGGAUGACUCAGACCCGGGCCAGCGGGGCCAGCGCAUCAUUCGUGCGGCGAGCAGCUGGUCACACCAAGCACCUAUCACGCACUGGGGCACCGUGCUAAAGAAGCACUGAUCUUCCUGACGACCCUAGGAGGGAAGGGCUGUCAUCGCUGGGAUGAGGAAACUCAGGCUCCAAGAGGUCACCGGUCACAUGAGCAGGAGGUGACAAGGCUGCGUGUCGGUUCACAGCUCCAACCUUCUGGGCUGAGGCCCGAGGUCAGGCCUGCUCUCCACACGUGGCCCGAGAUAGAGACCAAUGUCACCUUUCAUCAAAAGCUGGAGAAGAGCUUGCCAUGCAGAGCAGUGCUCAAAAAAAAAAAGGUUAAAAAAAUAUUUUACACAACAGAACGCUUCCUUUGAAAACAAUCUUAUGUGUAAGUCCAAUCAAUCCAGAAAACCAGAGUUGGGCAAUGGUGGCUAAAGGUGAAAGCAGGGUUGCCUUGGGGCUCCCAGAGUUUCUGGAACAUUGCUUGAAGGCUACUCAUCCAGUAGGUUGGCACCUAAACUGUGAGAAGCACAGGAGGUGCCAUGAUGCUUAAGGCUGGCUUUGGGUUCGAAAGAAUGAGGCGGGAUUGUGAAAGACUCAUUCCUGCGUUAGUCAGCCCAUCAGGCUUGCUACGUGCACUGGGCGCUGGUCCACUUGACCUGGGUACCACCUGGUUCACCCUCCCCUCUGGUCAGCAGCCAUGACCUGUCACUCCCUGGGGAGAAAACUUAUCUUCACCAUCUUACAUGUAGUAAGCUGACUCUUUAAAGAUGUGAACGAUAAGAUUAAGAGCUUACAGCACCCUUCCUUUUUCCUUGCCCUUAUAAAAGGCGUCACCUGGUUUUCCUGUAUUGACAAAAGGAGGGUGUCUGAGCACAGAUCCUGGUGGAAGAUCGGUGACCCUGGGGCACAUGCUGGCCGAAUGGCUCAGAGUGGAAUCAUUAGACGCACCUCCUUCUCAUAGAUGUCAGGGAUCAUGCCCACGGGGGAGCUGACCAUGUGCACGGUGUUCCUGCCAAAUAGCUGGAACUCAUAGUGGAUGAGCUGCUCCCAAAAGCCGUUGUUGGGCCGGAUGAUGGGCCGGCAGGACUUGGUCCACGUGUGGGCGUCCAGCAGGGACAUGGCGUGGUACUUCAUGAGAUAGGCGAGGCAGAGGGCGGCCGAGCGGCUCACGCCGGCGGCGCAGUGCAGCAGCGUGCGGCCCUGCUUCAUCUCCACGCUGUGGAUGUGGUCUGCGAUGGGGUCAAAGAAGUCACAGAGCCUCGAGGUGGGCGUGUCGGCCACGGGCACCUGCACGUAGUGGAUGUCCUCGUACAAGGCGUUCACCACCUCCACUGAGACGUUGAUAACCGUGCUGAUGCGGUUGCUGGACAGCAUGAGCCUGUUGUUGGCGGCCACCCCGCUGCUGAUAUACAGGCUGCUGGUGAUCUGUGAGAGGCCGCUGACCGAGGGCUGCCGGAAUGGAACCGGGAAGGCACACGGGGAUGCUGUCAUUGGGCCGGUGGGUCAGCGGCCCGUGAGACAUAAAGGCGGCCUCUUCCUGCUAGGCUGUGUCCAUGGAAAACUGCAAGGAGGGAGAGGAGACAGAUGAGGAGCCCCAGUUCAGGGCCCCCUGCUUCAUACAACUCAGUGGGGCCCCUCAGCGUGGCUGUCAAGGUCACUUGUGGCCUGGCCCCCUGCCCACCUCUCCACCCUGCUUUUAACCUUUCUCAUGUCCUGAAUGGCCUCGGCUGGGCUGAGUCAUGUUCUGUUCUGCAUGGACACUGGUCCUCUCUGGCCCAGGGCCCUUCCUGCUCUCAGUCCAGAACCCCCUUUCCUUACAAGCCUGUCAAGUCCUAGUCUGUCCCAUUCAGCAGAGAACUGUUGAGCACUGGGAUCUUGGCCAAGGGCCACUUCCUGAGGGAAACUUUCUGGGACUAUACCCCUCCCCUACACAUGAUCCAGUACCAGCUCCAGGCAGGUCCCAGGUGCCCUCCUUCCUAACAUUUCCUGAAGAUGUGCUUUUGCCAUGUCCUGUCUGUGAGUUCUCAUGGUUUAUCACUGUUUCUGCCUUCGUUCCUACUAUAUCGCCGGUGCCAAGCUGCGUGUUUCCACAAGCAGGUGCUUAAAAAUAUUUGCUGAAUGAAGAAAUGACUCCAACAACCAGGACUCUGCCUCCCGAGAGUUUUUUCUGGAAAAGAUGGGAUCUCUGGCCAUGUUUCUCUAGAAUUAGGGGGAGGAGCUGGCUAGAGGUGAGGGUGGUUCUUAGGCUGCUGGAGAGGAAGGUCAAAGUCUGCCUAGACAAAUCCUACCUGCCAGUACCCCCAGAGUCCAGUGCAAUAGGCUCACCCCAGGUAGGCAGGGCAGAUGGGACUGGUUUGUUCUAAAAGUCUUAUGUGAAGUGAAAGUGAAAGUCACUCAGUCUUUGAGACCCCGUGGAUGGUACCCCAUCAGGCUCCUCCAUCUGUUUUUCAGGCAAGAUUACUGGAGUGGGUAGCCACUUCCUUUUCCAGGGGAUCUUCCCUACCCAGGGAUCGAACUGGAUCUCCUGCACUGAAGGCAGAUUCUUUACUGUCAGGGAAAAAGCCCCACCCUCAACCAGCCGGAAGCCCAAAUGCUAAGGGACGUUCUGGAUCCUCAUUACCUGAAAACUCAGAGAGAAGUGGACAGAAGGCCCCCAAAACUAGUGCCCAGUGGGCAAUAGGAAUUAGGGGAGAAUGCCGUUCAUUACUGGAGAAGGUAAUGGCACCCCACUCCAGCACUCUUGCCUGGAAAAUCCCAUGGACGGAGAAGCCUGGUGGCCUGCAGUCCAUGGGGUCGCUAAGAGUCGGACACGACUGAGCGACUUCACUUUCACUUUUUACUUUCAUGCUUUGGAGAAGGAAAUGGCAACCCACUCCAGUGUUCUUGCCUGGAGAAUCCCAGGGACGGGGGAGCCUCAUAGGCUGCCGUCUAUGGGGUCGCACAGAGUCGGACAUGACUGAAGCGACUUAGCAGCAGCUGCAGCAGCCGUUCAUUACAGGGACAAAAAGUGUGGUGAGAAGACACUGCUCUGGAAGGUGAGGGUAGUGAUGAGAGGAAAGUCAUUUUCAUGCUAAUCAAGAAACACUUAUCAGGCACUGUGGUAGGUGCUGGGGAUACUGAAACGUACAAGAGAGCCAUGGGCCCUCUCACAGAACUCAAAGUGUCGCGGGAAAGACAGACAUUAAAUAGGCAAUUAUGUGUGCAACAGAGUUGAGCAAUAGGGAUAAUAGUGCCUACCCUAAAAAAUCUUUUACCUUCCAACUUUUAGAUUAAAGAGAGAAGAAAAUUGAAGAUCAUUUUUCACCUGUACAAGGAAUACCUAAAACUACUCUAGGAAAAACCUUGGUAUGUGUUAUGGACAAUUAACUGCUACAAUUAUUGUUAAGUUAUCUGGAUUUACCAGAGAAUUUGCAUCUUGAGUGAUCUGAGCUGAACCUGAAGACUAUUAAUAAGUUAUGUUUGGAAGUUUAACUUCAAUGAAGUAAAUGUUUGUUGUGGAAGCAACAAAUACUGACUUACUAAACAAAGACGGUGUGGUAUGCUUGUUUUUUUUUUUUCACAAGGCUCCUGAGAACCCAACUGCAGCAUCUCAGUUCAAUUGAAUGAAAACGUGUUUAGUAUCAAAAGAGCC